UCUAAAUUUUCAAAGCCCGCCGAUUCAAAACAACACUUCCCCUUUUUUUGAAAAUCAAAAUUUUCUAUCUCUGCUCUCUCACUACUCUCUUCCAAACCUCCAUAGCCACUGCCCACUGCCUAGCAUCGUUGCCAGAGCUACGCUGCCGGACAUAUACAGUUUUGAAAAUACCAAAUUUCACUAUCCCGCCACUCUUCCGUUUCCCAUUCUCCAAAAUAGCAAAUCUCAUCUCUCUCUGUUUCUCUCGCACCACCAUACCACAUCGGCACCUCCAUCUUCCCUCUCUCAACUCUUAACCUUGACAGCCACUGCCUAGCAUCGCCGAUCAUCACCAGUUCUGACGAGACUGACCUUUGUUUCGUCAGAAAACGCCUAAAAUUGUUGCUCCGUUGUCUCCAACCACAAAGUUUUCUUCACUGCUUUCAACUUCUGACUUUGCAAGAAGAUGCGUUGGUGAUCGUUUGAAGGUGUUGUUCUAUGGAGGAACCUAAAGAGGUGGGACAUUUAUGUUGUUCACUGGUGAGGAUGAAAUUUGUGGAGUAGAUAACGUAGAGCAUGGAGACGAUGAGGAAGAACCAAAUGAGGGUGUUUCUCAAGCCUAUUUGUGGUCUCAUUUGGUACCAAUGUGGUGGUGGUCUAGUUCUGUCAGUCAGAGCAUGGGAGGGCAUUGGGAUUUGAUUAUCAAAAUCUCAAGAGCCAAAGCAAGAAGAAGUGGCAGAUCAGGUCUAGCAUAUGAAGCUAUUACCCCUCAAGGAUUGACCAUUUUCAAGGGGGGUGCAAGUUGUGCAGCAGCAACAGCAGUUGAAGCAACUCAAGAAGCUCUAGUGGAGGCAACGUUGAUAGCUAAAACUUUUGGUUUUGUUAGAAUUUUGUUUCUGUUUAGUAGGAAAGGCAUAGUGAAGGCUCAUAACUUGAAAUAUCCGAAUGGUUGGAAGGAUAGUACCAUAGUUGCUGAUAUUGUGGCCCUUCAACAGCAGAAUUUUGUGUGUAAAGCUGUUUUUGUUCCUAGGGUCAUUAUAAGCCCAGUGUAUAAGUUAGGUAGCCUAGCAACCAAAAAUCCCGGACACCACAGUUCGGUGCACCCAACUUUAUUGUAAUUUGCUGCUGUUGU